GUAGUUUCUGAAAUCCAGGUAGUGUUUUACCUACCUAAGUCGCCUGUAUGUUCCAAGGUCAGAUACCCUGUAUACAGAUUGCUACAGAUUAGGAGUACCAGUUGUAUGCAUUAGAAGCACAAGACAGGAUGAUAUUGAACACUGGAUUUCCUUUGUCUAGUUUCCUACAAGGACUUAAAACUGACAAUUGAGCAAUAUGGAGUCAGAGGAAGUGGAGGCUGCUGAGAAAGAGCCUCUGAAGUUUGCCAUAGACUUAGAUGCAGCAGAGCCACAGUUCAGAGAAGUCCUUGGAAAAAUUAAAGAAGUUGCAGAGAAACUUUUGUACCACUGGAAGUCUUUUCCAAUUAUUUUACCAGGAACAUUCACUGAAUCCAGCAGAAAUGUUAUUGAACUCAAAGACCUGUUCAUUGCUCCAACGUUUGAUGAGUUGGAUGAAGUGGCCAUGGAUGAGAGUGGAGAGGCAAAGAAACUCAAUGAGAAACAGUUGCAGGACGUCUGGCAUUAUGGAGAGUUUGAGGUUGACAGUAUCCAUUUCCCUGGACAAGUCCACAGAUGGCGCUUGACACAACUGCUGCAGAAGGGAUCUCAGAGAGCAAGGGAGUCACUGCUGAAUGAUACAGCCCUGGCCCUGAGACUGCUGAUCAUCACAGCUAAGAACAGAUUCCACUCCCAGUUCUUCAGUCUCACACAGUCAGCACAUGCAUGGUUUAAAGGAAUAUGGAAGUUACUGGACAUCUUCAUUGGUAUGCCCUCCAAUACCUCUGGAAACCUGGGAGGAAAGAUCAGAGAAGAAAGGAUGAAGCACCUGGUGGCAGAGCUGGCUGUCAAGCCCAUCAGUGUGGAGGAGUGGAUAGCUUUUUGUGAGUUUGUAAAGGAAAAAUGUGACCAGAUAGGAAUUGAGAAAUUCAAGACCACAGACCUGAAGCCCCCCUCAGUGCCAUGCCUCUACCAGACCCCAAAUGGACAGGACCUGGAUCUCAGGCUGUUCAACAGAGACCUUAUGAACAAGUGCAUGCCUUUGUUAAGUUCUAUACUGGAGCAGGAGGCUAAGGGAUGGUAUGUCCAGUACAGAGACAGACUCAUGAAUGAACUCAAAGAACAAGAAUUGUCAAGAGAGGAGAUCAGCAAACAGCUGAAUGAAGCUGUCAUGGAGGAAUACUUGCGCAGAGUCUAUAGUGCCAUUUUAGCCAAUCAGGAACUGGAAAGAUUGCAGCGUGGCAUUGGCCAGUUACUGGUGAAUCAAGCCAAGGCCAUUCUGGUGAUGACCAGGGCAGUAGACCGUGUGGAGGAGAAGAUGAACCAACACAGGGCACAGUUAAAAAAACAUCUAGAAACUGCAUAUCCAGUAAAAUCCAGAAUUCCUGCCUGGGUUAAUGAACAGUUGCACAAUUUUGAGGUGGACUUCACAGCCCAGCACUUGCUGUCUGCCCAUGAGGAAGCAAUCCAGAUGUGUAGAGAAAAGAACCUCACACAAGCAUUGUACUUCUUACAGAGGGACUUCAACUUUAUCAAAGAUAGAGAAACAGUCCUAAGGAAGGAACUGAGCAAGGUGAAGUACCCAACCAGGGAGUUCCAUUUCUCCACCAGAAUAUGGUUGCCUCAGAACUGGAUAGUAAAGCAGCACUUGUAUGGAGAGUCUGAAGUUAUUCCUACAGUGAUUACUGAUGUGGUGGCAACUAAUAUACAACCUGCAACUGGUGCUGAUGUGCCCUCCUACUCUCUGGAACAGUACACACGCAGAAAGACAACAACUAGGAUCCCAUUCUGGAGAUGGUGGAACUACCUGAAUAGAACUUGGGCCUGGAUGUGGAAUGCAAUGUUUGUCUGCUCUGUGGCCAUUCCAUGGUACAGUCCUCUAAGCCUGCGUGCCUUGUUUGUACUCUCACCAUUUUAUGCCAACCUGGAACUAAACAGAAGCAAUGGUACUAUAGGUCCUGCUGAGUCAUCCAUGACACAGACCUUGGCCUCCAGACUGGGGAGCUUGUGGCAACAUGUUGCUAAGUCACGGAGACAGUUUGAGGCAGAGCCAGACAGAGGAUUCUUAGGCAAAAGUUUCACACGUCAUUUGAAUCGGUUCUGGAACUAUGUACUUAAAGGUGCCAUAGGAACAUUUGGUCUCUGUCUCUUCUUCCCUCCUCUGUGCCUUAUAGUGUCUUUGCUGUCAUUUGUGGCUGGGGUAACUACACCACUAUGGAUGCCUGUGGGGACCUUGAUGGUACACAUUGCCUCCUUUCUGUUCUUUGACUUCGACAGACCUGACACAGAACACAAUGCAGUCAUGAUCCUAAUGGAGGCUCUGAUUUGGAGGAUACUCAUCCUAGGAUGUUUGCAACCUGUUGCAGCAUUCUUCUCUGGAACAAUUCUGUUUCCACUUGGAGCCUUUUUCAUUAUGCUAGGUGGUUUGGUGCGCCGUGGAGGCCGUGGGGUUUGGGACACCUUGAUGUACCAUCUGGUGAUCAAAAAGAGAGGGAGAGUACCAGCACAUGAUGGCUUUGUGGCCAAGAGAACAGCUGGGCCAGGACUGGCAUCGAAUUAUUUUUUCCAAAUUAGACCAGAGCAGGCCCUGGCAGCCUUGGAGUCAGAGAUGGAAAGACAUGAAUUAGAAGCAUGGCAGGAAAACAUUCUGAAAACAAUAGAAAAGCCACUGGAUGAAUACAGGGCUUUCACCAGCAAAGUGUUCCAGCCGUUCAGUGCAGGUUUGGUACGAGAAGGAGCCUUUAAAACACUGUCUUCAGAAGUGGAGGACUUGAAAAGACAACUGUCUCAGAAGGUUGAAGAAAGGAAAAAGAUACUUAGAACUGGCUUGACAUCAGAUUUACAGCAGAGGAUUAAACUUACUGAUAGAGAUUUAAAGUUGACACUUUCUCAAGCAGCUAAGCUAGUGGAGAAUUUUUACCCCAGUCAUGUGAUUAAUAAACUCCGCCAGCCAGAGGACUGGUUCUGGGAGAAGAGGCAGCUAGUUCCUGGAGACUUUAUAGGACUUGCCUGUUUACUUCUGAAAGAAAUAUUCUCUCCUGAGUUUCUUGUGGCUCUAGAAGAAACAGAUAAUAUCUUCAAGCUUAAGAUAGCACAUCUGAACUUGGCACGCUAUGCGUCGAUGCUGGGAACAGCAGAAAUAAGGGAUGAUUUGGAGGUGGUAAUUCCUGUACAUUUACCCAAAGGGGAGAUUAAUGUGGAAGCACCUACUUUAGACAUAGUUACCUUUGACCCCAAUGCAUAUGGAGAAAAUUACAGUACCUUUGUGGACAAUAGGCGCUGGAGAAGGAAGCCAUGGAAGAGAGCCCCUGUUGCCCAUGGCAGUGGACAGAAACUGGAGAUUCCUCUCCCUGUACCACACCCAGCCAAUAUUGCCAUUAUGAUAUACAACAGACAAAACGACCAAGCGCCCAUCGACCAACAUGACUCUCUGUGUUUACGCAUUCUGAAAGCAGCAGAAAAAGUCCCAUAUGUUGGCUCUUUACCCACUCAACGCACCGAAAUACCUUAUGAUCCAGAACCAAGCACCCCAGACCACACCACAACAUCAGACAUCGAACCUACACCAAGACACAUAGCCCAGGCUGAAAGGGCCUUCUCUGAUAUCAGUGUCCAUAUAGCCACACCUGAUAGCUACCCGGCCAGUGCAAUGGAAAGUAGUGUUAAUACAAGUAUUAUGGAAAGCAGUAUGGAAACGGAAGCUGAGAAUAGAGACUUGCGUGCAGGAGGAGAGGAAGGAAAGGUGAUGUAUUCUGAGGAUGAAACUGACACUAGUUGUGUUGAGGCUGAAGGUAGUGUUGUGGCAGCAGACGAGAGUUGUGUGGUUACUUUAGAACACACAGUUUGACAUACAAAUAGGGGGCAGCACUGACUGAAUAGACAUUUAUUAAAUGUAUUAAAUGUCUGAUGCAUAUAUGGGGUGGGAACAACUGUUACAAAUGUUAAAAACCAGUGUUCGGGACAUAGGAAAUUAAAUUAUAUAACUUAACAUUUUUAAUGGUUUUAUGUAUCUACUGUAAUGUAUGCAUUCUAUAUGAUAAGGAACUUUUACUAGUAUGUACAUACCCUUGCCUUAUUUUAUUUCUUUUCUUGCUUCUAUCAGUGUAAAAAGUUUAAAAACUAGUCAGGGUUGUUGUUUUUUUAAUGUGAUAAUAGACAGGUUAGCUGCUGGGUUAAACUUGUCUGCAGCUAUGCUUACUUGGUUAACAGGGCUUAAUAUUUGAAGAAAGCAAGAUCCCACCAAAAAACUUAAGAUUAAAAGCCAGUCAUUUAUGAAGGUACACAAGCAUUUCCUUUGAAGCACAAAAAUACCAAAGAAUCAAAACCUAUCACAGAAUUGUAUGUCCAUAGUGGUGCUGUAUUGUAUUCUUUUUAUACACUUCUAGUAAAUUAAACAUGCAUAACUUUACAUAUACCUGGUACCCAUGUUUUUCACAAAGAGGUCCUCAUUGGAUUUUAAAUUUACUUUUUCUUCUAAGUAAAUUGAUGUGAAAGGAAAAAUGCACCAAUUUUAAUUGCUUCAAAACUUCUCAUCAGUUUUAAUUGUAUGUUUUCUAGUGUUUUUUUUAUUCGAAUAAUAUAGUAUGGCAAUUGGGGAGUUUUUAACUAGUUUUUAUUAUCAAUAUGCCUUUGUAUACUUGGUGAAAGUAGGCAGUUGUGAUGUAUUUUCAAGAUUCAGUAACAUAUUCAUUGUGAAAGUCAUUGAAGUAUAACUACCACAAACAUUGAUCAGAAAUGAAGUAUCGUAUGAGCAUAUCAGUAGACAAAUUUUUAUUAUGUGCAUCAAUUCUUUUUUGAACCACAUGUAACAAGUCAAACUUGUUCUAAUUGUCUAUCUGGUAAAAAAAGACAUUUUGUUUAUGGUAUAUACAGAUGGGUAACAAAGAUAGUAGAUAAACUAGUUAUUUUUAAUGAAGUGAUUACAUUUCAC